AUGUUCUUGUCCAUCGACUACAGUAACCUUCCGGCGCCUUCCUUGGAUGACCUCACCGGUGAACUGACCAAAAAUAUCAAAUCUCUUCGAGGGACCCUGUACGAUUACUUCAAUGGACUGCAGGACCUGUCAGUGCGGCAUAUACGCUUUGUUGGGGAUCCUGCUGAACGAAUUAAGGAGGACUAUCUCAGAAUCCUGCGAUACUUUCGUUUCCAUGGAAGGCUCGCUACAGAUUCCGAACACCAUGAGGAAGGCACCUUAAAGGCCAUCGCUGAAAAUAGUGAAGGCUUGCGGAAUAUAGCAGGUGAACGUAUCUGGGUGGAGCUGAAACAAAUCCUCCUCUAUCCCUCCGCACCCUCAUUGCUGCGACACAUGUCUCUGACGGGCGUUUGCGAGGCCUGUGGCCUCCCCUCUGACCUUAAUUUAGAUGAAUUGGACAAUGUAUGGUCCCGCGGCAUCCUAGAGCUCUCACCCAACCCCGCUGCCUGCCUGGCCGCCGCUCUGAACACUCAAGAAGAGGCAAGUAAAUUUGAACUACUGUUUUCGGAUACCUGCAUGUCUCAUUCAUGUGAGGGGAAAGAAGCCUCUGCUUAUUUCAGCUUCGUAGGCUCAAAAUCCGGAAAGGAGGUUGACCUAAGAGUGUCCAAAAGUGGUAGUUACUAG